AUGGAUUGUAUCUGGUUCUAUAGAAAUCAAAUUGUUCAUGGCUCUCCAACCAUUCCUAUUGACAAUUUUAUCAAGAGUGCCCUUAAUCUCUUUCAAGAACAUAGGGGGGCUUGGAAUGAGAAAACUAGUAGUGCAAGUUUCCAAUGGACACCACCUGUUAGAGGUAAAAUCUCUGUCUCUUUUGAUGUUGCAGUUAGACCCUUUGGUAGUACCAUAGCUGCGGUGUGUAGAGAUCAUCUAGGGAACAUAUUAGCAUGUGCAACUAAUUUUACCAAAAACUGCAAUCCUAAUAAUGGUGAGGCACUAGCGGCUCUGCUUGGUAUCAGAAUAGCAUCAGAAAAAGAGUGGAAGAGCAUCAAUCUAGAAGGUGAUUCGCAGGUUGUGAUCUCAGCCUUAAACAACCCCCUCAACAUAACUGAUUGGGCAAUAGAAGGAGCAAUUCAAGACUCAAGAACUCUACUCAGAAACUUUGAUGAUUGGAAAGCAACAAAAAUACAUCGGGAUCAGAAUCGAUGCGCGCACCAGAUUGCGCAAUGGGCUUCCUCAAAUUCUGUAUUUAAGGAUAUCCCCUUAAACUGGAUUCACCAAUGUCUAUUGGAAUUUCAUAGUGGGAAGGACCCACCGUCUGUGUAA